AUGGAUCAUGAUGCUGCCUCGAGACUGAGGCGGCCACGGCAGCCACCACAGACACAGCAGCAGUCACUUGUUUGGCAGGCUGGUGUCUCCGAGUCAUCUCUAACGCCAAGCCCGGCAGAGUCCGGUACCAUCUAUGCCUCGUCCACCGGCGUCCACAACGGCAACGGUAAUAGCAACGGGGCCGGCACCAGUUAUCGCCGUAGAAGGAGAUCUACUCUGGUCGAUGCCGAGGACUCCAUAGCUGUUCGUGGUGAUGGAUACAGCAACGGAGCCGGGGACGUCAAGCAUGCACGCAGUGCCUCUGCCGAGGACGGUGAUAGUGACGACGCCUCUCCUACUACUGCUGAACACCAGAGGAAGAAGCAGAAACGAAACAAGCCCACGUUGUCCUGUUUCGAAUGUGUAGGGAGAAAGACAAAGUGUGACAGGGGGAGACCGCAUUGCCUUGCAUGUAUCAAACGUCAGACCAAGUGUGAAUAUGCCCACGUUGCCAAUGUACUCGAGGAAACGACCAGAAGUGCGGCCAACGAGCGCCGGAUGACGAAGGGUCCCAAAAAGAAGGGAGACGCGCUUAAACCCACGAUCCCAAACGCUGCUGAUAGGGGCUUCAACGUGAAUCGACUAAAGGCGCUGGGAUCGGUUUCAACUUCGACAGGCCUGCUUUCGAACGUUCCCUACUCGGCUCCUGGCUCGUCCAAUGUAUUUGGCAUUGGAUCUGAGCACCCGUUUGCUAAUUACUGGACUUGCGACGGGGGCUUGCCCGAGGUUAUCUCUGUCUUGCCGGAGAAAGUGCAGUCGGAUAUUCUCCUGACGCGGUAUUUUGAGUGUGUCGACCCGGUGUAUCCGAUGCUGCAUAGGCAGACGUUUUAUGCCGACUAUGAGCAUUUCUGGUCGUUGAGCCGGCCUGAGAAGGACCAAGCCGACGGAGCGUUUGUGGCGCUCAUUUUCGUCAUGCUCGCCUUGGGCACUCAGUUUGUGACGUCGACUUCGCCCAGGGAAAGGAAGCAGACGGCCGAGUUCUACGCUUCGGCGAGUAAUCAAGCCUUGCGUGUGAGCUCGUAUCUCAGCAUAGCGAGCAUUCGAUCGAUCCAGGCCAUGGUGUUGAUCACGUACUUUCUCAUCAACGACAACCACGCUUCUGAUGGGUGGGCGUUCGGGGGGAUUCUUAUGAGGCAGGCGUAUGCGAUGGGAUUGCAUCGAGAUCCAAAUAUUGUCGUCCCUGACGCCUCCCCUUUUGAAAAACAACAACGCCGCAAGGUCUGGCAGGCCGUGCUUCUUCAAGACACCUUCCUGACGGUCUUGCUAUCGCUCCCGCCAAGCGCGACCCACACCGACGUCAGCGUCGACGACCUCAAGCAGGACGACGCCUCCAUCGCCACCGACGACCCGACCGACACGGACUACAUCAAGUCCAGCUGGACGCUCGCCAACCUGGUCCAGGAAACCAUCUGCUCGCCUCGGUCCCUGGACGUGCCCAUCUGCACCACCGUCCGCCAAAAGUCUAAGCUGGUGCAAGACUUUAGGACCGUCUACCGCACCUUUCCAACUGUGUUUCGCUAUUGGGACCCGCAGGUCCUGACGGAGAUGGCGCAGAGCAACAAGCGGGUGGUGAGGCAGACGCUGUUCCUGUGCAGCAAUUACUUUCACAACUUGAUGCUGGUGCAUGCGUCGGAGAGCGCGGAUGUGCCUGUUAACGUUAGAGGGACGUUGGAGGCGGCUCACGAUGCGAUUACGGCUUUCUUUAUCUUGUUUCAGCUUUUUGAGGCUGAGGCGAGGGUGUGGUGGGUUUUCAACCACAGGGCGUUUUUGGAGGCGCUUUGUAUUGGGAAUGUGCUGAGGGAGGUGGCGAGGGGGGAGGAGGGGGGGAUUAUGGGGGAGGAUCCUUUGUUUAUAAGGGCUAGGAGCGAUAUUGCGAGGAUGAUUGAGAUUAUGGAGAUUAUGAGCCAGGGGGAGCAGGCUAGUGAGACGGCUAGGACGAGGGUGCAGGUUUUGAGCGAGUUGUUGUUGCCAGGGGGUAGAGGAGGGGAGGGUGAUGGGGUGUAUACGAUUGGUAUGGGGGUGUAGUUCACCAGAGUAUUUGGGUGGUAGUUUCUUUGGAUGUUUUGGAGGGAAAAGGUAUGGUUUCAAUGGUACCUAGGUAUAUAUAUGGCAUAGUACACGGAACAUGUAUGGUAGCGAAUGGAUGACAUUGAUAAUCAUGGGACAAUCACACUGGUCUGUCUCGUAGCGAAUAGCUACGAGUACCACCAUCUUCCAUGAUAUACAUACCUAGCAAGCAAUGGCCCGACCUGAAAACGCAAGUCAUUCUUUGGAAUUCUCGAACCAUACCGUCUUCCAACAGAAACAACAACUCCCCAUUCAAACCCCCUCGC